AUGAACUCGGUAAACUUGAACCAUACUGAGAAUACAUUUCUCCCCAUGCAAACCACUAUACAACCAACACUGAUAAAGGAAGCGUUUGUUAGCAUGCGGCACAGGAGAGUGGCCACCCCAUUUACGCUCUUCCCACGACUACCCUUCAAUCUUCGAAGCAAAAUAUGGAGCCAUUCUCUCCCGCUCUUCUCACGAAUUAUCGAACUCAAAAGUCUAAGCUCAAUCCAUGAACUUCGCAAGAACGAACCUCCACGUUGGCUUGCUAUCCCCACCUCCAAGCCAACAUUGCUCUCCAUCAACCGCGAGUCUCGACGAGUUCUAUCGCCAUACUACGCAACGCCAUUCCAAGCUCGACGAAUAUCUCCUCAUUUUGGAAUCGAGGGUCUUCUGAUCAACUACAAAAUCGACACCCUAUUCAUCAACAUAGGUUUUCGGUGGCCAACUCAUUCAGACGUGCUGUUCAGUGACUUGCUGGGGAGCAACUUUGAAGAGGUCAAAGACAAUUUGAAGCUACUUGCUGGUACUGAGUAUUUCUGGGAGACCUUGUCAGAAGAGGUACGCCAAAGGAAAUCAAAGGGAAACAGGAUGCAGUUUAUUGCUGAGUUCGGCAGUUUGAGAGAAGCGAUAGUAGUUGCCAAGAAUAGAUUUCCAGAACGAAUUGUUCCAUGGAGGUUGAUUCAGUUUGUAGAUUUGCAUCGGGGAUCCGAGGAAAGGAGACGUGUGCAGCAGGAUCUACCACACUUCUUUGAUCCUUAUCGAAAGAAGAGAUACCCAGAGAGAUUGUGUGCCAAGAUUGAGAAGCCCUCUGUCUUAUGGAAACUGAAAUCAAGAUAG